CUGCCUGCUCACGUGGUCCGGGCCUGCGCUGCUUGUCUGCUCUUUGGGGUGCAGCACCUUGGGCAGCUUAGUCUGCCAUUGCGGGUCCCCGGAGCGUUCUCGCCUCUAGGCGCUCGUCGCUCCCGGCGCUCCGAUCGUUGCUGGGCGUCCCGGGUCGCAGGCGGCGCUCUCCCGUUUACCAGCGAGGCCGAGCCCGUGGUAGCAUCCGUCAGGGAAAUGGUCGUGGUUUCGGUGCCCGCCGAAGUCACAGUUAUCCUGUUAGAUAUCGAAGGUACCACAACCCCGAUUGCUUUCGUGAAGGACACCUUAUUUCCGUACAUCAAAGAGAAUGUCAAGGAGUACCUGCAGACACACUGGGAUGAGGAGGAGUGUCAGCAGGAUGUCAGCCUGCUGAGGAAACAGGCUGAAGAAGAUGCGCACCUGGACGGCGCUGUCCCGAUCCCUGUGGCGUCUGGAAAUGCAGUGGAUGACCUCCAGCGGAUGAUCCAGGCCGUGGUGGACAAUGUGUACUGGCAGAUGUCUCAUGACCGGAAGACCACGGCGCUCAAACAGCUGCAGGGCCACAUGUGGAAGGCGGCUUUCGCAGCUGGACGCAUGAAGGCAGAGUUCUUCGCAGACGUGGUCCCAGCAGUCAGAAGGUGGAGAGAGGCUGGAAUGAAGGUGUACAUCUAUUCUUCAGGGAGCGUGGAGGCUCAGAAGCUGCUCUUUGGACAUUCCACAGAAGGAGAUAUCCUUGAGCUUAUUGACGGCCACUUCGAUACCAAGAUUGGACACAAAGUGGAGAGCGAGAGCUACCGGAAGAUUGCAGAUAGCAUUGGGUGUUUAACCAGCAACAUCUUGUUUCUCACAGACGUGACUUUAGAGGCCAGUGCCGCUGAGGAAGCAGAUGUGCAUGUCGCUGUGGUGGUGAGACCCGGCAACGCGGGACUAACAGACGAUGAGAAAACAUACUACAACCUCAUCACGUCCUUCAGCGAGCUCUACCUGCCGUCAACAUAGAGCAGGUUCUGAGGAAGACUAAACUGUUCUCCUAAUGUCUAGCUUUAUUCUAAUUGUAAAAGUAACUUACUUGUGUGUACACACAGACAUAUGCAAUUGUAUAUACAUGUCUGUGUGCUCAGAUUAAUUUCCAUGGCACAUGUGUGAGCAAAGUAGUCAGUUCUGUGAGAACCAAAUUCAUGUAAAGAUACUUUAUGUGUGGACCAUAACUCUAAGUCUUACCAAGGCCAGAGUGUAUUUGAUAGAAGAAAUUGCAAAUCAAAUGUGUGAUAUUUAUCUAAUUGUUUAUUGCAGUGGAAAGCUAGUUUUGAGAAAUUAUUAUCCAGAGACUUUGUUAUUUUAAAAACUGGAAGUGCUUCACAGGCAUCCGUAAGAGGAACCCCCGACUCUGCCUUGUGAACUCGAAUCACAUGGCUGCACUCAGACUCGCUUCCCGUGUGCACGAGACUGAGCCAUUGGAUCUGCUCAGACUCACUUCCCGUGUGCACGAGACUGAGCCAUUGGAUCUGCUCAGACUCGCUUCCUGUGUGCACGAGACUGAGCCAUUGGAUCUGCUCAGACUCACUUCCCGUGUGCACGAGACUGAGCCAUUGGUUCUGGUCAGACUCGCUUCCCGCUUCCUGUGUGCACGAGACAGAGCCAUUGGAUCUGCUCAGACUCACGUCCUGUGUGCACAAGACAGAGCCAUUGGUUCUGCUCAUACUCACUUCCUGUGUGCACGAGACAGAGCCAUUGGCUCUGCUCAGAGAAGGGGAAUUGGUUUGGUCAGUCAGGUAUCGAUGGUGCUAGGCAGCGUGUCCGCCUCUGGAGCAAUGUUCGUGGAGCAGCUGAGGUGGCAGUGGCUCUGCUCCCCCUGCCAGUGUUAGCACCGUUUACAGUUGCCUUCUUAUGUCUUAGCAUAGCUUGAGAAUAUACGUUAAUGACUAUUUUUUAAAAUGUUUUAUUGAAACCAGUGUAACACCACGAAGAACUCUAAUGUAUAAUAUUUCCUCUGAAAUGGAUGUGCAGAUGUACAUUUUAUGACAGCGUUGUUUAUCCCAAUGCUUUCCUGACAGGGUUUCAUGUCCGUGUCCUGGAAUUAAUUAAUAAAGGCAUUUUCCUCUUUCAGUUUCA